GGAUCCCCCGUUCACCGUACCAUUUCGCGUCACCGGCUUGGACUGGUCUGAGAGAGGAGGCAACCGCUGCCACCUGGGCUCCGGAAAGCUCGUUAAACGCCGACGUAUUGACGUUUCGCGCGUGUAUUCUCGCUCGCUGCCGCGGGUUACCUCCGCAACGUCCGAACGCGUUCGUAACGUUGUUCACAAGUGCUGGUGUUCAGUGAGGAUAGCGGAUAAAGGGACCCUGGCCGGGCUCUUCUACUGCCAGAAACAGGUUGUCGCGGGCAUCGCUGAGGAAGAUGAGGAUGCUGCAUAGCUCGCUUUGCCUUACCUCGCUAUGAGACUCCCGCAUGGUGUCCUGGAUCUUCCGUCGAAUAGGACAGUGGUGACAGUGUUAAAAUAGUAAAAGAAAACAAGACUUUUCAUUCGGCAGCUGACAUUCGAUUUGGGACACAUGUUCCCGCGGGAGUGAGACGGGUCCAGAUAGUGAACGAUGCGACUCGUGCGUUGGCUCCGGCAGGAUGAUGAGGAAUCAUCCGCGCGCGUUCACGGGUUGUCGAUAACGGCGGUGUGAGAGAGUUCGGCGGUCGCGUCUGAGGCGGAAUAUCGCCCGGACGAUAUUAAACCAGUGAAUGAGAUUGGACAAGAUUGCGCGGCAAUCUGGUGAACCGCUUCCUCGAAGAGGCAGGUUCUCACGUUGUGAGAAUGCGUGGUGUUUGAAGGGCUGAACCUUCGCGGCCCCAAUCGGCCGCAAAACGAAUCAUCAGGUGUGUUUUGAUUGAGUGCUCCAACUGGUAGAUCGAACCUUUUCCCCAAAGAGGCGAAGGUAGGUAUGUGCACUACGGAGAUGACAGAAUCCUACACGAUGUCGCCAUCGACGACGGUAUCUUCGAGCGCUGCGACGCCUGGAUGCGGGAGCGGCUCGCCGGGUCACCGACGGACAUCGUGCAGAGGAUCGCCCAGUCGAGGGGACGUUCAGGACGACGAGGACGAGAUCUCCGUAGGCUGUCCUAGUCCUCUACCGCUAGUGGUGGUGUCUCCCAACACGGAGGAUGAGCUAGCCUCUUCCCGGGAGGACUAUGCUGAUCGCUUGAGUCCUAGAAGGUCCUACCCGCGAGACUCGCUCGCAGACGACGAGGAAAGAGACUACUCCAGAAACGGCGACUACAGGAUGUCGAACGGCCGGACCGGCGGCAAGACGCGCGACAGCAACGACUCGGUGACGACGAUUCAUGACGACGAGGAGGACGAGGAGGAGGAGGAGGAUGAUGUGGAUAGCAGGACCGGUAGCAGCGGUGCAACUGCUACUGGCGCAGACGACUAUUUCAAACCGCUCAAACGUCUGAAGAUGGUGCAGAUGCAACACUCGGACGACGAGGACGAGAGAGAGCGGGAGUCCAAUGAUCGAGGGGUCAAGUCUUUCAGUAUCCUGGAUAUUCUCUCGCAUCGGCCAAAGGCGAAGAUUGUUCGUCCCUGGGACACGGUAGACUCUGGUGUCGGACACCAGCAUCGUCACGUGCAGCAUCAGCAUCAGCAGCAGCAACAUCACCAUCUGCAUCACCAUCACCAUCACAGUCACGUAACCGGGCCCCGGGACCUUUCGCUGAUGGGCAUGUCACUCGCGUCCAUGUCCGGCUCCAUCAGCGAGCCGCCACUGAGCAGCUCCUCGUCGUCCGGAAGGAGCUCCGUGUCGGAUUCCGGUAGCCCGGACCCACUCACCCAUCAUCACCAUCAUCACGCCGCGCUCCAUCACGCGGGCAUUCAUCCCGGCCUGCAUCACCCGGCGCUCCAGCAGCCGCAGUCGCAGCAGCCACAGCAGCAACAGCAAUUCAAGAGGAAAACGCCGCAGCAACACGGCUCGCACGCCGGUCAAAACGGCAAGAGAACCACCGGCCAGGGCAGCCCUCUAGAUGCCCUCUUCCAGAUGACCAGCAAGACCUUCGACGCGGGCGAGCAUAGUCAGGACAUGGACGUUUCGGUACUCUCGUUGAGACUCGUUUUAUUUCUAUCGCAAUACGUGGAGAAUGAAUGGAAUUCUAGCGUGAUCUUUUCUCUUACGUCUCAUUGUGUUGGAGAAUCGAGCGUUGCUAAUUCGUUGCUAAUGAUUUGUAAGGUAAAGUUUCUAAUGAACCUUAUGAUUAUGUUUAAGAAUAGAUUACUAUAUAUAGUAUCGAAAAUAGUUGUUGUUCCUUGGAAUACUUGUUCGUUUAAAUCGUUCCGCUGUUACUUAACCAAUGCAGAAUAAAAUUUGUUUUAAAAGAACUUGAUGUAUCUUCUGCAGUACAGUCUCUGCAUGAAGCCAAAAGAUCGACGAUUAAGUAAAUAUAAUUAAACGUACGCGCGAAAGUCAAAGUCGACUGUACAUGCUGUGUAAUUAUUGAUAAAUACCUUGUUACAUGUUGUAUAAUUAUUGAUAAAUACCUUGUUACAAUAAAUACAUUGUGAGAUCAACUGCUACUUGAUGCGAACAAUUUCAUAUCUGAAUCGCAGUAUUUCGUGCUGAUUUAUUUAUGCGAAUGCUGCGAAUAUCUCGUUGCAAUAUGAAAUAGAUAUUUCUCGAGAAAGAAGUAUCAGAAAACACUUUAUCUAGACGUUCCAAGCAUUUAUGUUUCCAGCAAGAAAUCAUUAGGCAAUAAUUCCCCGCUAAUAAACUGAACGUGAAAUUGUUUCAAACUCGAUUAACAAAUCAAAUGAUUGAUUGAUAUUACUGACGGGAAUAAAUUCAACAAUAUUUAUUCAUCUCAAUCAUUAGCCUCACCACUACGUGAUUCUCGCAUACGUGAAAGUAUUAUUUUCAAUCUACAUUAUUCAAUCCACAAGUUAAAUAUAUUACAGCAUUAUUAUACACAGUGAAACAUUAAUUUUGCGCGCGCCUCGCACCACACACGAUUUCAGCCAAGCGACGGCAAGCUGUUACCGGAACGGUAAACAGUUUCCAGAAACGCAGAGUGCGAGCCUUGUUCUCAUUUUUAUGUUGCUUCCGCUUUACAUUUGCGAUUACGUGAUUUCAAUUUUACGCCAAUCCCCGAAACUUCAGUCUGUCGUAUAAAAAUUGACGUCAGUCAGCAUAUAUGUAUUUAUAAUCAGUAUAACACUUAAUAAAAGAAAUGCAAAUCGUCUCUGCGUCUCGUAAUCGAGUCUCGAACGUAGUCGCCCGUGCAGAGUUUCGCUCGGGAUUCCACUGUUACACCACCGUCGAAUUUAUAUCCCGAACAAACGAGGUAGAACGCGCGCGAAGACGCGCCGCUGAUCGUUCGCAGAACCUAUCGCUCGUAAUUGGUGAGCUUAAAUAUCGCCGAUGAAUACGGGCUUUAAUUUUGAUUGAUGUUCCCGGCGAGAGAGUCAGGAAGCGCGGCCCGCGCGCGAUCCUUUCAAAAGCGUCGCUUUAUUUUACACUCUUUCACUCGGCCCUGCGUCUCGGAACGCGUACGGAACGCUUGAAAUUUCGUGGUGCGUUAGAUGUGACAGGUUCCGAAAAUACGAGUCAGCAGACUUGCUGCUCCGGAGCAAUCCUUAGAUUCAACGACAUUUUUCAAUCAGAGUCACGGUGUCGCGAGUGACGGACCAAUCAAGAGUAAUCCUUGCCGUCUAUAAAACUAAUCGCCCACUAUUAACGUGGACGUAUAAUGGAUGAAUAAUGAAGGAAUAAUUAAUAUAGUUUUACAUAUAAAUAAGGCAAUGAAAUUGCCGCGGAAUGUACUGUUGCAUAACCGAAAGAAAUAUGAUGAAGCCACCGCUUGGCUCCUGCUAUUAUUUAACGUAAUUAAAACUAAAUGAUGGAUAACUGUAAUUUUUUGUGUGCGUAUAUUGCAUCGCGCACUACACUUAACAUUAUCCCAGUGACAGACAAUCUAUUACACCGAGCAAUCCGUCAAUUACAGUUUAAGUCAUUUGUUCUCUCAAUCAUACACACAAUCGUUUCUUCGAAGUCUGCGCGUUCCAAUUCGAGCGUUCUUGAGACUAGGUGUCGUUCGCCACGUCGUUUAAAUAACGCUCGCUUAAUCGUGUAAAUUGCGCCUGUUUGUUCAACGGCGCGAGCGCAAUUAAUUAUCGUUAAUGCAUAAUGCAUGUUGCCGCGGUGUGCUGAUUACAAUAUUAUCCGCGGCGUAAAGAGGCGCAUUAUUUGUUAAACGUAAUUGAUAAAUUCUCCGGUCGCCCGCGCGACCAUCCGAUAUUAACGUGACAGCCGCAGAAACGGGAGCGUUUUACCGUCUACCGUGUUUCUCGAAUUCUCAUAUGUGACGGAAAUGCCGGGCAAUAAGCGUCAGCCGAGGGAGAUCACGGCGAAUCCACGUGUAUUACGACGAUCUUUAACUCUCUAUUGAUUCCUCGCUCGCGGAUCACGCAUCUGCGAUGUCCCGAAGCGACAUGUGAGAGAUUACUGCGGCGGACAGCCGCCUUUCCGUUCUGCUCGAGAAUUCCGUGACGCAUGACACACCUUCACAACGUAUACGUCAGUAAUAAUGACGGCUCUUACGAGUGUGACGACCGGAUAUAUUUUCUAAUUGUUCACAAUACCUCGCGCAGCUCUCACCAAAACGUCGUGGAGACGACGAGCUGUUUCUUUCCUGUUUCAGCGAUCUGUGAUUAGACCUGUGCUGAAAAAUCGUUAGCGAAGUAAUUGAUCUUUUACGUAUAACGCAUGUAGUGUAUAGUUUAUUAUUGAAUUAGUGAAUAAGGAAUAAUAAUAUAAAAUAUAAUAACGAGGAAAAUAUAUAGAUCAAGAUUACAACAAUAAUAAUAAUAAUAAAUUGAGGAAUAUUUUCGAGGUCUGAAUUCAAAUCGAGUUUACGCCUCAAUCUGGACGAGCCGCGCGUUAAGCCUCACAAUAAUUCCAAUUACAAGAAUCGCGAGAUCGGCGUGAGAUCCGGGCCGGCGCGAAAUCGCAGCGCGCUUAACACCCGCCGCGCAUUGUGUUAAUCGCUUUUCAGAAGCGCGUUUCUGCGAACGACACUAAUAUUAGCGGCCGGCGCGGCGGCGCGAGUUACGAGCUCUAGAUGCGUACCGUAAUUAAAUGACGAGACUUUUUCUCAGCGCGCGACGAUCAUUGCCGGCGCGCACGUUUCUCGCGCGAUAUUAUUAUUAGGCGUGCACGCCGUGCCCCGGCACCUAUGUCGAUGCCGGCGAGUAUUAGCUUCAAAAGAGGUGCCACGAGCUUGGCCGCCGACGAUUGAUGGCGUACGAGAGGCACAAGUGCGCGAUUACGCGAUCGCCACUAAUGGAUAAGUACAGUCGUCGCGCGCCAAGCCCGUCGUGCGCGCAUUUGUCAUUACGCAGAUAUCGAUCGGCACUCGUUCGAUUUCGCGUAUCGAGGCGCGCUAUCGGAGUGUUAUGGGGGUGGCGUCGCGCGGGGGUCAAGAAUUCGCGGGGUUUUGCGAACGGGGUUAGAGAGACGUUGCGAUUCGAUAUCUGGGAGGAGUUAGUGGUCUGAUUUGUGCAUUCAACAGUGGGCACGUUCGUGAACUCUCUUCGACCCGCGUGGGCUUGCGAAGAUAACGAGCUCUUCUCUUUACCGAGAACGGCUUUGGUCCAGCGGUCCCUUCCAAUCGGGUCCUAGUAAGAUUCUGUGCAUCUCUAGUUAUCGCGCUUGCUUCCCGGAAAAAUAUCGGCACUUCUGCAGGAUCGUAAAACUCACUUUAGAAAUCCAUGCUCCUUGUUUACGUUACUUUAGUGGACGGUGCCGCGAUGCAUGCCCGCCUCUGUCGGCAUGCUGAAACGACAGGCUGCACUUUCCUUUCCUUUUUUCCUUUUCGGAAGGAAAUACGUCAUAAAGUAUGACGAAUCCACGGUAAAUAAUAGCCGAUCACGAGGGUAGUUCCUGGAGGGUAGUAACAAUUGCCGUCUCGAUACGGUAGGGCCAGACGCAUCCUUGUGCCGCUGUCCUCGUCGUCGGUGCACACACAGACGUUUAAUUUUACGAUGAUUAUUGCGGAGACCAUCGCUGGACCGGCGAUCUUAAACUGUGGCGGAUCCGAUUCUGCGACAAAGUGAUGCCUGCCUCUCGGGAAACGAAAGGGUUUUACGAGCCUUCCUGAGGACGCGCCGAAAUAAAGUACCGGCGUCUGCUUUACGAUCGAGCUCAUGUACAAGCGGAUCUCUCUGCCGGAUCUCCAGACGGGAGAUUUUCCUCCUCAGGUAAUCGGACUGGGGAAACCGGAAAAUUUUUGAUGCGUCGGUAAUCAUGAGAGGGAGGUCGAUUGAUGUUUAUACACGUGUGCGCGCACGGGGACACUUCUUCCCCAAUUAUCACCCGAAAAUCCAAUCUCACAAAAGAGCCCACGUUUAUUUUGACCGUCAACUCGCACCCCGACAAACGGAUUGGUAUAGAGAUGCGCUCGUAUACAGAAACCAACAAGAUAAGCGAAAACGUCUGCUCAUUUUAUUUACGCUCGGAUGAAACAUGUUAGAGUAAUUCGGCAAACAGAUUCUCCGGUGGACUGUCUCUUUGUCCUGAAAUGAUUUCUCUUGACAAAAA